GUCCAGAGCUUGCUUCCCAGUCUCUCUCUCAGCCUCGACAAUUCCACUCUCCCCUCCUCAAUUGCGUGCCUCGGAUUGCUGUCUGCUGCUGGGAAAAUUGAGUGCAGCCGAGUUGUGGAGUUGCACUUCCUCAAUUCUUCUCCUAUUCGUAUUUUUCUUGCGUUUUUUUCUUGGUAGGAGUGAUGUUUUUGAGGUUGUAGCGAGAAGAGGUUAGGUGCAGCAUAUAGGACGGCGAUGGCGAUGGCGUUGCGAGCGUCUAUGGCUGUUGGAGGGAGAUUUUCCAGUGAUCGUUCUCUUUCCUCGAAUUUUGUGUCUGCUCCUGGAGCAGCAGCGGAGUCUGUCGCGCUAGGACGGCAAUUAUUUUUGGGAUGUACGCAGAGUCUAAGGUGUUUCGUUCCUCCCAAUUGCCGUUCCGUGCCGAAUGGCAAACGUCUAUUGACUACGGCGGUUAUAAAGAGACAAAAGGAUUACAAGCUAGACGCUGUGAUUCAGGGCGAGAAGAAGUUGAAGCGCGUGCAGAAGAUUAAGGAUAUUCUUGUGAAGCAACCUGGACAGGUUAUGUCGUUGCGAGAUUUAGGAAAGUUUAGGAGACAAUUAGGGUUAGACGGGAAGAAGAAGGUUAUUGCAUUGCUGAGAAAAUUUCCAGCGGUGUUUGAAGUUUACGAGGAAGGGUGCACUGCGAAGUAUUUUAGGUUUACACCUGUAGCUAAGAAGCAGUAUCGUGAGGAAGCGAGGUUGAAGAAGGAGGUGGAGGAUGUUGCAGUGACCAGAUUGAGAAAAUUGUUGAUGAUGUCGGUUGAUAAAAGUAUUGCGAUUCAAAAGAUUAAACAUAUCAGGCGAGACCUAGGAUUGCCUGAUGAUUUUGAUAAAUCUGAUUUCCUUAGUAGACAUAGUCAGUAUUUCAAGGUCGGGACAUGUGCUCUUGGUCCUCUUUUGAUCCUUGAGGAGUGGGAUCCAGCGCUGGCAGUCACAGCUCUAGAGAAAGCUGCCCAGGAAAAGGUGAGAGCUCGACAAGAACUAGAGGAGGAGCUGGCAAGGAGUUUAGGAGAGGAAAUAGAAGAGGAGGAGUCUUUGCUUGCACGAACUCCAAGGUUUCAAUCCAAAAAAACCCUGAACCUGCCUAAGGGUCAACAAGUGAAGAAGGCGGACAGGUUAAGGCUUCUCAAAUUUCAGGAGCUGCCUUCGAUUUCUCCGUAUGCUGAUAAAACUGACUUGGAUCGCGCGUCGCCUGUGGCUGAGAAGGCUGCUGUGUUGGUUGUACACGAGCUUUUGAGUUUGACGUCGGAGAAGAAGAUAUUGGUGGAUCAUCUUACUCAUUUUAGAAGUGACUUCAAGUUCUCUCAGAGAAUACGGAGCAUGCUCAUCAGGCAUCCUGAGUAUUUCUAUGUAUCUCUGAAAGGCACUCGUGACAGCGUAUUCCUCCGUGAAGCAUAUCAGGACUCGGAGUUGAAAGAGAAAGAUGUUUUGGUUUUGCUGAAAGAACGCCUUCUGGAGCUGGUUAAGAAUGAGAAGCUGGACGAAGUGAGUGACGGUGACGAAGACGACGAUGACGAAGUAGGCGAUGACAACUGGGACGAUGACGACGAUGACGACGACGAUAAUCUCGUGGGUGUAGCAGGAAUGGCCUCUGUGCAACCGCAGAAAUGGCAGGUGCCAACUGCUCCAAAGGAGCGUUGGUGAGCUUUUUCGGAUGCAGCCCUCUCUAACGUAGGCGCAAAUGUUCCAGAUGAUGGGGUCCGACAAACUUCGUUCUCCUCAGAAGCGUACGCAUCUCCAGCUUGUGAUGUGCUUGAACUCCUCACCCAACGAUCCUCCACUUAGUUGAGACCUUCGCUAGGGUGUGAUUUAAAUGAAGCAAAGGUAAUUCCCAACUCUAGACAAUUUCCAGCAUUGAGAGAUUCAAAGAGCAAGCUAAAGAACUCUGCAUUCAUUUCGGGCACUAUACCCAUGGAACACAUCGGAUCCAACUUCUCGAAGUGAACCCACAUGCUAAGAUCUCACCCUUUUCCUGAGUAUCUGUCACCCGAGUGUGAGCAUCGAUGAUCCAGCGACAACUAAGUCCUGGAAGUGUGAGCACCAGGUCCACAUUCAACAAAGUUUUUUCGAACAUCA